UCAAUUCAUGUAACCAAUAUGGCGUCGCAGCAAGGAGAGAUCGACGAACUGUUCGAUGUAAAAAAUGCAUAUUACAUAGGUAGUUACCAGCAAUGCAUCAACGAAGCUCAAAAGGUUAAGCCAUCAAGUCCAGAGAAAGUAACUGAAAGAGACAUGUUUCUGUACAGAGCGUACAUUGCUCAGAGGAAGUAUGGUGUGGUGUUGGAUGACAUCAAGCCCAGCUCCCCACCAGAGCUUCAGGCUGUCAGAAUGUUUGCUGAGUAUCUCUCCAAUGAAGGAAAAAGGGAUGCAAUCGUGGCAGAUCUUGACAAGAAGAUGGCAAAGAGUGUCGAUGUAGCCAACACCACCUUCCUGCUUAUGGCUGCCUCCAUUUACUUCCAUGAGAUGAACACAGAUGCUGCCUUGCGCACCCUGCACCAGGGGGAAAGCUUGGAAUGCAUGGCGAUGACCAUUCAGGUGUUGCUGAAGCUCGACAGAGUUGAUUUGGCAAGGAAGGAGUUGAAGAAGAUGCAGGAGCAGGAUGAAGAUGCCACAUUAACACAGUUGGCGACUGCCUGGGUCAACCUUGCUGUUGGAGGAGAGAAGUUACAGGAUGCCUACUACAUCUUCCAGGAGAUGUCAGAUAAAUACUCCCCAACACUGCUGCUCCUCAAUGGCCAGGCUGCUUGCCACAUGGCCCAGAACAAGUGGGAGGAGGCAGAAGGGGUGCUGCAGGAGGCUCUGGACAAGGACAGCAGCCACCCUGAGACUCUGAUCAACCUUAUUGUGUUAACACAGCACCUUGGCAAGGCUCCAGAGGUAACAAACCGCUAUAUGUCUCAACUUAAAGAUGCACACAAGGCACAUCCCUUUCUUAAAGAAUAUUUUGCCAAGGAGAAUGAAUUCGAUAGGCUUGCCAUGCAGUAUGCUCCCAGUGCAUAAGACUAAAUGUUGUAUCAAAACAUUAAGCAUCAGUAUGUUAAACACCAACAGUUUUUUAAAUGUGUUUAUUUCAGAAACCCUUGCAAUAACCUAGCCGUGGAUAGUACUGCUACCUGUACAGUGACGGAGUCAUUUCUCAGUUUUAUAUAUGAAAGAAAAUGAACACCAGGCUAAAAAAUAUACUCACAAUAAAAACAUUGAUUUUUAAACAAAAGGCUUAUUACAAAAGCUCUUUAAAAAAUUAGGUGUUCUGUAGUUGUAUUUCUCCUUUAGCAUUAGGUGUCCAUUUCCUUUAACAGCAGAAAGGGGGUAGGAAUAUAAAAACUGGCAGGUUUCAUUGUUUCAUUUUCUGUUGGCAUUGUAUUGUCUUUCCUCAACAUUCCUUUAAGAAUAAACUGAUUUGUGGUUGAAUUAU